CUUCCUUUCUUUUUCUAUCUGUCUUCAUUGUUGUUGUUGUUGUGUUUUUUGUUUGUUUUUGUCAUUCCUCAGUGGCCCAUCUUGGCUGAGAGUGCCCAGCCAGAAGAAAGACUAUUGUAGAGCCGUGACAGUGGUGUCAUUUGCCCCCUAUUUUCUUUAUGCGUGUCCCCGUUUCGGUGUUAACCUCCCCACGUGUUUCCACGUCUGGGACUCUCCGUCCUCAGGGAGUGACCACCUUGCUUUCCUUCUUUUUUGUUUUCCUAGCCUCUAUCUCUACUCAGUGUUUUUGUUGUCUUGUUCUAUUGGUUGUAUUGUUUAGAACAUGCUUUUUGAUACACAUUUGGGAAAUAAUUUUAAUUUCUAAAAUUUGCAAAACUUAAAAUUAGUACAAAAACAUCCAUAUGCUGUGUAGGUAGAUUUUCCUGUUUUAACAUUUUAUCCCAUUUGUGUUCAGUUCCCCUACCUGCCAUAAUUUGUGUGUAUACACGUGUGUGUGCGCGUGUGUGUGUGUGUGCAUGCGGGAGUGUAUGCAUGUGUGUGUGUUCGUGAUUGGGGAUGAAAUCCAACGCUUUCUAUAUGCUGAGUAAGCAGUCUACCACUGAACAACAUUCCCAGUCCUUAAUAUGUUUUGUUUAUUUCUUUUCUGAACUAUUUUGAGGUAAGUUAUGCUAUAUAUUUUUAUUCCUAAACACUUCGACCUGUAUUUCCUAAGGUUAGGAACCAGAUAUUGUUUCUAACUGCUGCUGCUCUUUUAGGCAAGUGGCUUCCUCCAUCCUACUCCCCUCGUUGUAAGGCGGUGUGCUGAUGAGACUGUGGACUCUAGGACCGCUUUGUCUCUCUCUGCCUUCCUUUCCUGUAUAACAGCUUGGCGCCUUAGUAGGACGUAGAAUAAGAGUAAAAGAUAAUUGUGACCCUUGGAAGAGAAGAUUCAGGUGCCCCAUUCUGGAUCAUCGAGGUCCAUCAAUUUAGAUACACAGAAUUGCUUUGGGUGUAAAUGGCAAUGUUUACACACUGACCACAAAAGAAAAUCCCAUCCUAAAUUCCCAACUAUGACCGUCUGUAGAAGCUGUCUGAGCAUUUAUUCCCAGCUACCUGAACAUCUGAAGGAAUGAGGGAACCUAAUUUUCCUCCUGUCCCUCCCCAUGGUUGGCUUAGACUGCUGGAAUGUCGACAGUGUAAACCAAACUUUAAUAUUUUGGUGGCUCUGAAGUUGUUGACCAUGUCAUCUGGGUCACCAUGGGGUCAGGUUACAUGGUUUUGAAUCCCCUUUUCCAUCACAAAAGCCUCUGCCACUUGGCUUUUCUGCACUGUUUCUUCAGACUGAGUGAGAGUGUAUGGAUGGAUGUCUUCCUGGCUACAAUGUAGCAGUUUACAUGUGAAAGGCGCAUAGAUGUGAGUUAUAUGCACAGGGUUCAAGUGACUUGGGAGUGUUUUUAUUACAAACUAGGUACAUAGAAUUCUUGUAAAGGGGGCCCAAUACGUCGGGAGGGAAGUUGGGAAGGCUGUAGUAGUGUCUUUGUUGUUUUGAAAACACGACCCUGUUUUGAUUUAGCGACCAGAGAGUCUGUGGGAACUAGGACUUUCCAUGGUUUGCUAAAAAGGUUUGUGGCAUGGUCUUGUUCCUGUGUUGUUGCUGAUGGCUCAAACAGGAGAUACCUCUCUCACAGUGGUUGGUCACUACAUAAAUGUGUCUUUCUCUCAUUUGUUCCCCACCUGCCUUUCGAGCCCUUUUCUCGGACAGUUGACCACAGCAUGUUUGAGAAUCUGAACACAGCUCUCACUCCAAAGCUUCAGUCCAGCCGUUCCUUCCCGCACCUGUCCAGAUCUGUGGCCCCAAACUCCAUCACCCCUGGCUCUGCAGAGCCAGGAGGACCAGGACUGAGGGUGGGCAGCAGUCAGCACCUUAAGAACCUGGGCAAAGCCAUGGGGGCCAAGGUCAAUGACCUCCUGCGAAGAAAGGAGUCCUCAAGCCUGGGCAAUGUGGGUGUGACGGAGAUUAACAAGACCGCUGGGGCCCAGCUGGCUGGUGGGGAAGAUGUGGCCUGUGGAACCUGGUUGGAGGAUGAAAGGUCUGUCCAAGAAGCCUUCCCUCUACUGGAUCCUCCACCUCCCAUAACCCGGAAGCGAACCCCUCGGGCCCUGAAGACCACCCAGGACAUGCUGAUCUCAUCGCAGCCUGUCCUAAGCAGUCUCGAAUAUGGGACGGAAUUGUCACCUGAGCAGGCCCAGGACUCUCCCCCCACUGCUGGGACUGUCUCUGCAGAUACCUCACGGCCAGAGUCUAUCAGUGAAGUGGGAGAUAGGGGAGAGGCUCUGCCUAACGGGGAGGUGUCCCUGUUGGUGCCUGACCUGAUACACAAGAGCAACCAGGAGGAAUCCAAGCUGAAAGCGAGCGAGUGCAGAAAAGCCUCCUCCCCUGCUCCCAUUGAGAGGAACGGCCUCAAACUCAGCUUGAGCCCCAUCAGCCUGGCCGAGUCCUGGGAGAACAACAGCCCACCUCCACAGGCACGGACCUCCAGCCUUGACAAUGAGGGUCUUCACCCAGACCUGCUGUCCUUCGAGUAGGGCAUCUUGUCUUCCCUGCUGAACAUGUUCCUCACUGUGUCCUCCACUGCACACAGGUCCUUUGUCCCAGCUCUGCCACGCCCUCAUCUUCCUUGUGGAAGGCAGAGCAGAGCCCCCUCUCUACCCGAGGGGUUGCGGGACCAGAUGGCCACAAGUAGUCCCAGUUAAGGAGUCUGCAGAAUGGCAAAGGAUGUGGGCGGCCUCUCCGAGCCUACUUCUCUGUAAGAGCUUCUGGCUGCUGCUGGGACUCAUUCACUCUCAGGCUUGCCCCAGCUUCCUACUGAAUUACAGGGCCACCAGCCUAGGAGGAUGGGUCUGGCAGGAAUUCUCUUUGCCUGUCAGAUCAGAUAUGCUAUCUGUUCUUUCAUCCCCACCCCAAUCCCUGAUUCUGCCCCUUUCAUCCGUAAUGGUGCCAGGACUUGAUGGCAAUACUGCUAGGGAAGAAUGGUAGGUUUGGCUUGAUGAUGGGAUCAGGCCUGACUACAACCUUAUCAUAGAAUAGCUCCUUCAGUCUCUAGGCCAUCUGGACCCCUAGCCACCAUCUUUCCUCUGUUUCUGGGUUAGGGCUAGAGGAGGUUCUUCCCAGGCUUGGGGCCUUGAGGACUACCUCACAGGUUGAACCUUGUCACCAGGGUCCCCAGGGUUUUCAUCCAGUUAGAUGUAGCCCCACCUCUCUGGAUAGAUACUUAGGAAAAUGGUAGGGGCAGUUGUGCUGGGGUUUCUUACUGUGUGUGUGUGAAGAUGGGGGUGGGCAGGCCCCUGCAGAAGCAGCAGAGAGUGUUCUGAUGUUCAAAAGGAGAGCUUAGGAACAUGGACUGGGCCUACAAGAGCCAAGAGCAGAGAUCACAGAGAAGAGUGAAGUCAGGACUGAGAAGAGGAUCACUGAGAAUCAGGGCAGCUUCUCAGGCCACUCCACACCCAGGAGAAGGCAGUGCCGGGGCCUGGGAAGAGUGUGUGUGGGAGCCAGGGUGGAGCAUGUGAGAGACUGGAAUGUGCUGAGGGUUGUGGAGGCAAAGCAGAUGCUGGUAAGUGAGUGUGCUGCUUCAUGCUUGUGCUGAGGUUGCCUAAAUUUCCUGCAGCCCCAGGCCUGCCCAGAGAUACCCAAGCUGUUGUCCUCUAUCCAAGUAAGAGCGAUCUUCCUCUGCUUCUGCCCGCAGGAUCUGGGUAAGGAACCAACAAGGCUUAUCAACCCUUGACCAGCUCCUGCCUUCCAGGUUAACUUGCUUUGUAUUCCUUUCUCCCUCCAGGGGCCCUAUCGUGCUGUCUUCCCGUGGCCUGGAGGCUCUGUAGUAACCCCAGCCACAAGGGUCUUUGUAGCCAGAAGAGAACAUCCCUAUUCUUGAACAAGGAGGUCAGAGCCCCACAAGAAGGCUGGGGAUGGUGCAUCGAGCCAGGGCAGGCCAUGUAGCAGUUUUCUCUACUCUCUGUGGUCCUCCCUUUUCCGCUUGCUUUGCUUCACAUCUGUGAGAUUGGACACAUGGGUCUCACUUCCCAGUUCAACAUCACCAAUGGGCUGCCCUCCUCCCAACCAACAGAGAUCUGAGCUAACUCCUGCAGAACCAGAAGAGGAGUCCUCAGCAGGAUCCCUGGGAUGAGGUUUCCCUUCUCAAAUACUUGCUUACUACAGCUGUAUGGCUUCAGCCAUCUCUUCCCUCUGACCCAUCCCAUGCUCCCUACAAAGUCUUAUCUUUUCCUCUCAGAUAAGAACCCAUGUAGCCAGGCAUCUGAAGGCCCUGGUGGGGUUUACAGGACUGUUAACACAUAAGUAGCACGUGUGCCUUGCUUCAAGAACAUCCCAAAGUUGUGAUAUCUGACCCUGAAGUCAGAGAAGUCCUUAGAACUACCAUUUGAGGACCUAUGAAUUUUCCCAGAAUAAUUUGUGAUUAUCCAAAACAGAUAUUUCAGGCUGUGGGGUGGGAAGUCUAAGCAUGCGCCAGAAAGCAAGUCCAGUGUAAUCUGAGCUCUCCAUUCCAGAAUCUUGGUUUGUUCCUCUGAUGAGAAGCUCAGCCAGUAGCUGCCCAAUGGAGCUGUUCCUCCCACGAAGUGAUAAGGUUGCCUAAGACCAACAACAUGAGGCUUGGCUUGCCUAAGCACUCAGGCUACUGCUGGAGUCCUGGCCCUCGGGCCCAGGAUUAGCCCAGAGAUCCUACCAUAUUGUCCCAAGACCCCUGUAAAGGAAACUUCCGAGAACUUUAGAUGGUGUUUGAUGUUGAAUUAGGUGCCAUGGAUGUCUACACAACUCCUAGGGGCUUGGCCAUCUCCCUGCUACAGAAGUGAUGCUGCUACCUCAGGAGGUCAUUUGAGACUGAGCCUUGUCUUAGAUGCUGCAGAUAUGGCCUGGUGCUAGGGGCUACGUGCUUCCCAGGGACCAGCAGGAACAAAUCCUCUUGAGGGCUUUGACUUACACCAGUUCUUCCAUCUAGGGCCGCGACAGGCUCGCCAACCAUCUCAGCAGUCUGGUCUGCAGCACGGCAGCCUUCACCAUGCAUCAAGAUCCCCUGGUGGCUUAGUUUUUGCGUAGCUUGAUCUGCAUGGGGGUGAGGGUGGGCUAAUGGAGAAGAAAGAAGGAUAUGAUUUCUAUAUUUAAAGAAACUGGGGUCUUGGAGCCUUUUCUUCCACUUCUUUCAAGCCCCAUCAUAUACCCCUAUUCAGCCCAUAACUUUACCCUGGUAGAGCGAUCACAAAAUAAGCUUCCAAAAGCCUGGAGAGAAGGUAUCUCCUCCCCUGUCCCAGCCCACUCUUCUCUCUAGAAAUGUAUCUGUGAAUGUUCUGUAUCUGGGAGAUAUGAAGACAUGUGUUUCGAAUCCAUCAUCUUUUACAGAGCAGGGUUGGUCCCUGUUUGGAAGAACAAGAUUAUAGUUCUAUUCUGGGUAUUUUUUUAGAGAGUUCAUAUUUAUAUUUUUAGAGAUUUUUGUCUUGUAGAAGGAAAUUACAUAAUAAAAUGGUAACGUGUUUU